AUGCUCUUCCUACCAACCCUCCUCCUCACCUCCACCACCACCACCACCACAACCCUCGCCUCCCCCUUACCCUUCUCAAACUCCUGCACCCCCACCAACCUCCUCCAAAAUCCCUCCUUCGAAUCCUCCCCCCAGGACCUCUCCCCCUGGCUCUCCCUAGCCACAGGCUCCUUCUCCACCCGCAGCCUCACACGCGACAACCCAGGCGGCCACAACAGCGCAACCGCGUACAUCGCCUCAUGUAACAGCAGCGCGGAUAUCUUGUCUACGCUUACGCUGUCACAGUCGUAUAUUGAAGUGGCGGGUGGAAAGGAGGUGGAGUGUUAUGCGUGGGUUAGGGCGGGAAAGGGGGGGAAGGGGAGGGCGAGGGUCGAGGUUUUUCUUGAUGGGGGGAGUUGUGGGGGUGGGGUUGAGGUUGGGGAGGGACAGGAAGAGGAGGAGUGGGUGAAGGUUGGGGGGAGGGUGGUUGUGCAGGAUGUGGGAGCGGGGGGUGUGGGACAUACGGUUGCGGUUACGGUGCAGGGGUAUGGGGCUGAGGGGGAUGAAGGGUGGAGUAUUGCGAUUGAUGAUGUUGGGGUUGUUGUUGGAUGCUGA